ACGGUGAAAAUUAUUUAUACAGGUACAAAUUAUUGGGAGUUCGUUGAUGGAGAUGUCGCUCCAUUAGCUGUAGCCAGUUGCCAUGCAGGUAUUUGCGGUUUGCCUAUUUGUAUAGACGAGCUUGGUGACGUUGCACCUGUGUUCUGCCUUGAUGAGAUGAGAGAUUUGAGAGAUUUAAGCUCAGAUUGUAAGUCAGAAAGGGUGUUAGAUUGAGAUUGUUGCUGUGAUUCAACUAGUUUCGGUAUUUGAGCUUUUAUGUCUGCAAUUUCCCUGACGACACCAUCAAUUUCAGUUCUUGAACGCUUUUCGUUUGAUUUUAUGGACUCUAUUGCUCUCUCUAUCUCCACGACUGUCUCGUUUACCUUCUCCUGUUGACCAACGAGAGAAUCCUUGAUAGCGGCUGUGUCAGUACGUAAUUCAUUUAUUGUAGAUUCCGCCUGGUCGAAUUUGCUAUUCAAGGCCUCUAGAUCUGACUCGUACUGUGUCGACGUAGGUGGUUGCAAAUGAGGCCAUAAGUAUCUCUAAGGUAUAUUAUAAGGGAAACACACAAUACUAAGAAAUACCCACCCUAGCCAAUGUACCUAUACCGUAUACCAAGCCACCGGAUACAACGGCCAUUAUAAAAUAGUCUCUCCAGUCUCUCUCUAGUUGAUAACCAGGCUGCUGUGCCAAAUAAAUAUUACGGCGAUUGUUGUUGGCACUCGCUAAUGCGGUAUUGAUCUCAGCCUCAGUCAAGCCCUUAGAUUGUAAGAAUUGCAGUCUAGACUCUAAACUGGUUGAUUGUGUGUUAGAAUCAUUCAAGAAAUCAAUCGCUGACUGUAUUUUAUCUGACAUCUUCGCCGUUGUUAUUAACCUUGAUGAGUGUCACUAUAGACUACUUUAAGGGGAUUGAAGAUAUAAAAGAUGAAAAGCACUACAAAUUACUUGACGAUUUGGAUAGUUUAAGCAAUUUUAAGAACGAAUUCCACACUCCAGCCAAAGAUGAUGGUCAGAUUAUUUACCUAUGCGGUAACUCGCUUGGUUUAAUGCCGAAACGCACUCAGAAUCUUCUCAUUGAGGAGUUAGACGUUUGGAAAUCUCACGCUGUACAGGGACACUUUGAUCACCCGCAUAACAGACCAUGGAAGAGCUGUGAUGAACUUGUCAAACCUAGUUUAGGACGCCUCGUCGGCGCGAAACCGGAUGAAGUCGUCGCUAUGGGCCAGCUAACUUCUAACCUACACAAACUUCUCAUCAGUUUUUACAAGCCAACCGAGAAACGUUACAAGAUCGUCUAUGAGGAUAAUGCAUUCCCAAGCGACAACUAUGCUCUACAAUCGCAUGCCCGUUUACACAACAUCAAUCCAGAUGAUGCACUCGUCAGAGUAAAACCAAGAGCGGGUGAAUCUACUUUGAGAACUCAGGAUAUACUCCAAACUUUAGAUGAGCAUGAUGAUAGCAUCGCCUUGGUAAUGUUCAGCGGGGUUCAAUUCUACACAGGUCAAUUUUUUGAUAUCGGUCACAUUACAAGCCAUGCUAAAUCAAAAGGCGCUGUCGUUGGUUGGGAUCUCGCUCAUGCCGUUGGAAAUGUCCCAUUGAAACUUCAUGAGUGGGGUGUUGACUUUGCAGUGUGGUGUAGCUACAAAUACCUCAAUAGUUCGCCUGGUGGUAUCGCUGGUAUAUUCAUUCACGAGUUGCUGACACAAACGCAUAUUCAAGUAGAUCAUAAGAGGAUGGAAGGAUGGUGGGGACAUGAUCCAGAGACCAGAUUCGAAAUGGGACCACAUUUUACCCCCUCUACUGGAGCAUCAGCCUGGAUGGUCAGUAAUACGCCUGUGCUUACACUCACUGCACUCUACGCAUCUCUCCAAAUCUUCGAUGAGGCAGGCAUAGAUAACUUGAGAGCUAAAAGCAUUAUGUUGACAGGUUACAUGGAGAGACUCCUGAAAAGUUCAAACCACUAUACAGAUAACGAUCAACUUGAUCACAAGCAGUUUACAAUAAUCACACCAAGCAAUGUAGACGAAAGAGGUGCGCAGCUCUCGCUCAAGUUUAAUAAAGACUACAUGCUAUUUUACAAUGAGCAACUGCAACUGAAUGGCGUAAUUGGUGAUGACCGUAAACCUGAGGUGAUCAGAUUGGCACCAAUACCACUGUACAACAGCUUCAAAGAAGUCUACGACGCAGUUAGUAUUUUGGAGAGGAUUAUGGAUGAAUUUUAACUAUAGUUUUGUAUCAUUUACUUUUUGACUGAUAUCAUUGAUGGGCGUACUCAGUAAA